UAAGAAAUAUUUAGACUGUUUCACCGGGGAAUUUCCCUUUUUAUAUAUAUGUCUAUUAUUUUUCUGCUGCUGCUGCUAGGAAAUGGAGGUUGGUUUGUUUUUUCGAGCGAUAUAUCUGGGCUAAUAAAUAAUACAACAUACUAACUAUUUAAUAAUAAAACUACUUACUACUCCGCACAUCAUUCUAGCCUCUCCCUCUUUCUUUCUGUCCCCAGCGACCAAAGCGCCCAAGACGACGGGGAGAAGAGAAGAAUAAGGAAAUACGUCUUUCUAUCCAUCGUCCAUCAACCAUCACGGACGUAUAAAAAGGCAACGAAUUUACUCAUUGCUGAGUCUGAGCCUGAGCCUGAGCCUGACCAGAACCCAACACCUGAUCGAGCCAUCUGUCUGUCGGCAAUACUUCUGAUAGAUUAUAUUAGUUAUAUAUAACUACACAGCAGUCCUCGUGGUGUUGCCGUGAGGUCAUUGUCCCAUCUAGAGUCCACACCACCGCCUCUAAGUUAUCUGCUCCACUACCACCACUAUCACCACCACCACCACCACCACUACACCUGAUCACCACCACCACCACAACCUCGUUCGUCUUUUCUCCUCUCCCUCCCUCUCUAUCCUACUACUAUGUCAAAUAAUGCUCCUCCUGGCUCCGGUGGCGGGGGUCCUCCAAUCUCCUAUCCUGCACCGCCGCCUUCUUUCUCGUCCAUGCCCCGACGCUCGUCCUAUGCUUCUGUUGUCUCUGGCACCGCUGCUCUAGCCAACUCCACCCCAUCCAAUACUAGCAAUAUACCGACGGCCGCCAAUACAACCUCCUCCUCCUCCCUAGAUCCAGCUUCCUCCCAAAACCUUCUCCAACACCAGCAGCAGCAACUCUUCCAACUACUGCAAAUACAACAACAGCAACAGCAACAGCAACAUAAUCCUCGACAACAUCAGCAACAUCCGUCGGCCUGGUCAGGUCCGCAUCCUCCGUCUUUCCUCUCUUCUUCUUCAGCAUCCGGCGCUACUCCAAGUAACUCUUUCCCCCCGCACUACAUUCCUCCCGAUUCUCGAGCACAUAGCAGUGGCAGACACGUCUGGGUGGACAGUAGUGUCGCCCAUAACAGCAACAUGCAGCCAAACGGUGCCAGUGGCGGGGGAGGAGGCGGAGGAGGAGGGGCUGCAGGAAGCCCAUGGAGGAGAUCUCUCCCUCCCAACAGCACAAGCACAAAUCCUGCAACUACAUCCGGUCUCCCCUUUUACUCGCGGCAAUUCGCAACCUAUCCAGACCACUACUCCCCGUCUCCUUCGCCAUACACAGGUUUCCUGCACGGUCCCUCCUCCUCCCCUGCUACCUCCUUCUUCACCCCCUCAUAUCUCAGAAACUCCAAAUACAUCGCGCAGCUCGCCGCAGCACAUAGAUCCAACACCUUCAACGCCGCCACAUCCUCCUCCUCCUCAGCUGCAAUAUCAUCUACUCAAAAGGACUCCGCUUCAAACCACUCCUCAGCCUCCACCUCCUCAAACACCGCCGCCACCGCGAAUAAUGCUGCCCGCGCUACAAAUACCAAUACCAGCUCCAACACCACACCAGGUGCGCCCCCACUCUCCACCAACUCCAGUAAUGUAAACCUCCACCGCCUCGCCCCAUCCCACCGCGGCAUGACCCACGAGAUCAUCGAGCACCCCCCCUCAUCAUCAGACGAUGAGAGCACCCCCAUCAUGCCCCUUCCCUCCCGCUGGAGUGAUCAGUAUAAAAACGCAGGCCUGGACCUGCUGAGCGAUGGCCUGGAGGUGCGGUACUUGGGCAACCCUCUUAAGCUUGAUCAUGAAGCUGCGUCGUGUCGGGCAGACCAUCCAAUGCCGCCGCAGUGCGGCAUUUAUUACUUUGAGGUUACCAUCAUGUCGAAGCCGAAGGAUGGGAUGAUAUGCGUGGGCUUCACGAGCAACAAAGCAUCUCUCGAACGAUUACCGGGCUGGGAGCCGGAAUCCUGGGCUUACCACGGCGACGAUGGCAGGACUUUCUUCGGCGAGACGCAGGGUCAGGGUACGCAGUAUGGGCCCAAAUAUUCGGUGAAUGAUACCAUUGGCUGCGGGGUGAAUUUCUCGACGAGUACUGCUUUUUUCACGAGGAAUGGGGUGUUUCUUGGUGAUGCGUUCCGGGAACUGAGGAAUGUGAAGCUAUAUCCUGCCGUUGGGGUGAAGAAGCAACCCACCACGCAUCUAAAGGCGAAUUUUGGCCAGUCUCCUUUUAUCUAUGAUAUUGAUGGGCUGAUGGAGAGGGAGAAACUCAAAGUUCAAGCGGACAUAAGGGCUACUAGUAUUUCUAAUCUGCAUUCGUCCCUCGACGAGACGACGUUUAUCCAGGAACUCGUGGCUCAAUUUUUGGCGCAUGGUGGCUAUGUAGAGACCGCACGAGCAUUUGCUGAAGAGGUCCAGGAGGAGUCGCGGGCUUUGCAGAAUGGGCGAGAGACGCCGUUAAAGGAUUAUCAGGCUGAGGAGGAUGGUGAUGCUAUUAAACGACAAAGAAUCCGUACUGCCAUUUUGGACGGCGAUAUCGACAAGGCUUUAAAAUUAACAAAUGCCUCGUACGCCGACGUCCUCGUCAACAAUCCGCAGAUAUACUUCCGCCUCCGCUGUCGGAAAUUCAUCGAGAUGAUGCGCCGUUGCACUGAACCACAACCUACUACUUCCUCGACGUCCAAACAGGCGCCCCGCUCACCCAAUGGCGCUACCUCUAUGUCAGUAUAUGAUACUAGCGAUGAUGUCUUCGCGCACGAUAUGGAAUUAGACGAGCAGAUGAACGAUGUCAUCGACGAUGACGACGAAGACGAUAAUGGUUCUUUAGAAGCCGGUGGGAGACAUGACGAUCGUGAUGAUAAUGACGACCAAGCCCUGGACGACGACGACGACGACGACGAAAACGGCAUGGACGUCGAAGAAUCAGCCGAGUACAACGGCACCCCGCGCACAACGACACAGCCACAGGCGGCAAACGUAGCAAACUACCACGGCCUCCUCCACAAAGCGAUCUUAUACGGCCAGGAGCUGCAGGCUGAUUACCCCGGCGACGAGCGGCGGGAGUAUAAGCGGGCGCUGGACGAUAUAUUUUCACUAGUCGCCUACUCGAAUCCCAAGUCGAGCGUGCACGGGCAUCUGCUUGAGCCGAGCGGGCGCGUGCCGGUGGCGGAGGAGUUGAAUUCUGCGAUUCUGGUAUUCCUUGGCAAAUCCUCAUCCGCCGCUCUAGAGAAGCUAUACCAACAGACAGAGGUGCUGGUAAAUGAGAUCAGCGAGGACGGCGGCGCUGGGGCGUUUAUUAAUGUGCGGCAUGAUUUUGUGAUAUAAAAAAGACCAUCAGCAGCCAGCAGCAACGACAAAACGACAAAAACGACGUUUGUAGCAUUUGCAGUAUGCAGUAUGCAGUAUACAGGACGGAGUAUUCUCUGAUGUAAUGGAGCACGAUGGGGGUGUGCGUGUGUUUAUUUUUAUUUUUAUUUUAUUUUUAUGUUCUUUUCCUCUCUUUCAUUAUUAUCCCAUUCCACAGGCUGUUCCUUUUCUUUUCUUUUCUUUUCUCUUUUUAUUCUUUUUAAUUUUCAAUUUUUUAGUUAUCCAUUUUUCCCAUUAUUAUGUUCCCUUAUUCAUCCCAUCUCUCUCCUCCAUCCCCUCCCCUCCCCCCCCCUCCCCUUGCCAUUCCCCCGCCUCCCACUCCCUGCCUUGUCACUCUCUUCCCAUCCAGCACACCAACAUCAAUUUAUUCCAAUACCUCUCGAACACUCCAUGCUCUCGUUGUGCUAGGUAAACAAGAAGGGGGGGGUUGGCUGGUGUGCCUCUUUUUCUUUCUUUCUGUCUUUCUUUUAUCUUCCCGUGCUGGUAUCAUAUAGUUAAUAUCGUCGAAGUCAUGGGCACACACAUCAUCCUGAAGAACAGGCUGCGAAAUGGUGAGAAGAAGGAAGUAAGGGAGGAAGGGGAAAUACAAGGUAGGGUAGGGAAGGGAAGGGAAAGGAAUGGAAAGGAAUGGAAUGGGGGAAAUUACAGAUUAGUGAGCGUGUGUGUGCUCAGAUGGAAACAUUUAUGGUUUUCUUUUCUCUUUUCGUGUUUCUGCAAAAGAGAGGUAGGUAUUCAUCAGUUGCAUCCUCAUCAUUAAUUUUCUUUAUGUUUAUAUUUAUAUUUAUAUUUUUAUUAUUAUUACUGGACUUGUUUUCUUUGGUCCCCCCUCUGAAGUAAACCACCAACUACGCCUCUUUAUAUUUCUCUAUUGCAAGCUUAUGUUGCAUCUGAUAUAGCGGGUAUGUAGUGAACAUGAAUAUGAAUUUGGGAAUUGGCUUUUCAUUAACUAUAGCUAAUGAGUUGACAGGGCUUUUUGUUUUCUUUUUCUUUUUCUUUUUCUUUUUCUUUUUCAUUGAAAACUUUUGUUUCUUCAGCUCUUUGUCUCUCUUAUUUUCUAGCCCUGCUAAAAUAUAAAUAGAACUCAAAACACUACCAUGAGUAGUUAACUCUCUGUGCA